GUCCUGAGUAUACCGCGCCUAGAUUCUUCCACAUGCACCGACGGAAGUUCUGUGGAGUUACCGGUCAUUCAUUCCUUCCCUUUGUCUUGGUCCCACAGGCAUCGACAAAGAUUCCCCGUGCCCUCGCCUCCCUUUUCCCCCCUCCCCCUGACAAUGGACGCCGCCCACGAGAGACGGACUGCCGCCCAAGCCGCCGUCAAAGCCUACACCGAUGCUUUUCCCGACCUGGCGCCCCCCAUUUCAGCCUCUGAGGUCCAAGCCUUGCCACCCGAACGAGUCGUUCUAGGUGG